AAUUCUGUCAUGACCGAAGGAGAAGAAGUUUACAUGUGGCUCUGUUGCCCAGUCAGGGGUGGCAGGACAUUUCAGAGGGUAACUGGUCAACUAGAAGCAUCUGGAGCUCUACAAUGGUUUUCUUAUAUUCUUAAUUUUAUCUUCCCUUUUUUUUUGUAAAUACAGCUAUAUUCUUAAUGAUGCAUCUGCACAAACAAUAAUGUGAAGAAAAUGCUGCUGUUUACAUCAUCUGCCCCAUGCAAAUCACCACUGACCCUUUUAUGCAACAUACAUUUCCUAUAUUUUUGUACCCAGAUAUUUUGUGUCAAUAAUUAUUACUUAUUAUCUUUCAUUAUAGUGUAACCUUUUCAUCUUUUGGUAUACCUUAAAAAAUAAAUACACAUUAUAAAGUUUUUCCACUUAUGCUGUGAAAUGUAACUUGCCAAUUCAAAGUCUCUACAAAUGUACCUAAAAUACAUGUGCAAUAUGCAUUAUUUUUAGUAUUAAUGAAUACAGUUGGCUUUCUUAGUGUUGAGAGUAGUAAAAGGGAAAGGGGAAAUAGGUUUAAUCUUGACUUAUUUAAAAUUGAGUUCAAUUAUCAGAGCUUGGAAAAGUUACUUUUUUGAACUACAACUCCCAUCAGCCCAAUCCAGUGGCCAUGCUGGCUGGGGCUGAUGGGAGUUGUAGUUCAAAAAAAGUAACUUUUCCAAGCUCUGCCAAUUAUUGAUGUACUGCCUAUACAGAAGUUACAGGCCACUGCAACAGUUCCUUUAUAAUUUUUUUUAAUCUGUCACCAAAGUAAAAAGCAAAAACAAAACAUUUGUGCACCAAAGAAGGAACGUAUGUAGUUGGAGGUUCACUUCCAAAAGUCUAAACACAAAAUGUGUUCUUGUCUCCAAAUGCGUUUAGUUUAUGCCUGGUUUUUACAAGUAUGUUUUGUGUGAACAAGUCAAAGGACAGUAUCCAAUUAAGUAAUUUCAUUAGUGCGAAGGUUUCCAUUUGCACAACAAAACUUUCCUUCCCUCUCCCCCUUUGCCCUCAAAUCUGCACCAGAAUGUUGGAGAAACCCCCAAGACAGUUUUGGGAGGGAGGGGAAGUUCUGUUGCACAGCUAGAAGUCCUUGCAUUAACACAACUAAUUUGUUGCAUAUCACCCAAAGAUUCUGAUCUAGAUUGCCGUUCCUUUUUUAAAUAAACCUCUACUGGUUGUUUGCCAAAGAAGAUCAUAUUUGUAAAGAAGCCUUUUUUGCAAUUUGAUAAACUUGAUAAAUUCAGCUGUCUUGUGAUUGUAAAUACUUGUAUUUAUAAUUGGUGAGGAUCCUCAGGCUUUCCAAUACACAGGCAUAGUUUACCUAUAACAUUCUGUUAUAGGAAUUGCUCUGUCCGAAGUAAUGCUACUUACUAGGUUGUUACUAGACAAUAUUGUUAAAUGUAGUCCUGAAGAGGUAACGGCACCAUGGUACUCUAGGGUUAGUGUUUCUCACAGUUCUUCUUAAAGAGGUUUUUGACUACAGGAUAUGUCCUUUCUUGGGUGAGGGGACGGAGGUCUAAUAAUGCUUAUCAUUCCAUCCUACCAAAGUGUUAGCCUAGGAUAUGUAAUAUUAAACAAAUACACAUUUAAAGCCAAAUAUUGAAUCAAUUCUGCUGAGGAUAGGCAAUAUUACUAGAUCAUGCAAUUAAAGGUUCAAAUGCAGGACAGCUUAUUCUGUUGUAGUCCUUGGUUGUACAUCCAAAGUCCUAAUUUGCAUAUGGUUUCUGUUGUUUGAUAUUGCAGGUAGAAUUGCCUAAGUAUAUGGCAUUUUUUCACAGGACAGGUUCCCUUUGCACCUGGAGGGUGCUUCACUGGAUUCUAACCAUUGUGUGAAAUACAGGAGAUUAAAUCUUUUAUUGAAUAAAGUUCUGUCUUUUGGCAGUGGUUAACAUAUCUUAAUGUUGAAUUCUUACGUGUGAUAAUCCUACUGUCUCAGUAGGUGCUAUUCCCAUUGAGACUUCAAUUGGAGUUCAGUGAGGUGCCUUAAGUAUUUUCAGCACAGUAGUUCAGUUCUCUAGGGAAGAGGCUGCCUUUAAUUGCAAGGUAGCAAAUGUCGUUUAGCAUCUUGAGAUGUGUGAUGCAUGUCAACACAAGCCUGGGUGACCUGAGUGUGCACCUAUAGAACAAUAUAAGCAUAAGUUUGGUGUACAUACAGUCUUUUGCAUCACAGCAUUUUUGAGCACAUAAUACCUUAAUAAAAUCAAAUAGCAUCUGAGAACACCUUUUUGUUAUUUCUGAGCAUGUGUAGGGAAUGUUGUGUUCAAUGUGAAUACAGUGUUGCUGGCAAAAUCUGUAAUUGUUCCAAGUAUUUGGCUUCUGUUAAUGCUGCGGUAUGGGGGAAAGUCUUUUGUCAUAGCACCUUACAUAAUGGGAGAUCUAUCUUUUUUAAAUACGGGUAGCUUUAGUAUCUUCCAUGCUGAUACUAAAUUAAUCCUCCCAUGUAAAUGACACUAAGGUCCCAGCUCUUAGGCUCUUCUCUAUUGGGCAGUUUUACAACUAUUUGUGCUGGUGAGAGGCUGGAGCACAAAGAAUUCCCACAUGCUAGAAAGUCAAUGAAAAACACAAUUGUCUCAAAUCUGUAACACAUUUGUACUGAAAGAAAUGCCUUAUUCAUGGGAGUGCAUAUGUAGUGGAAACUCGUUUUAAGUGUUUGUAAUUAAUAACUAUGCAUACAUUAUGACCUGAACUGUAGUGACAAAAGUAGAUCUUUUCUAACAUUCUUAUGUAGUUAUUCAAUACCGUUAAUAAAAGAUGCUGGCCUGAGGUGUACUUUCGUACAAUAUUUGGCACUAUCCAGCUGGAAAAUUGGAAAGACUAUCAUCUAUGAAGAGCGUUGAGUGGAAUCUUUUACUCCAUGGCCAACAGAGGACCAAGCUAUGGUUUAAGCCGAGAAGUCCAGGAGAAGAUUGAACAAAAAUAUGAUCCAGAACUGGAGGGUCGGCUGGUGGACUGGAUUAUAAUUCAGUGUGGUGAAAAUAUAGAGCAACCCCCUCCCGGAAGGCAACAUUUUCAGAAAUGGUUAAUGGAUGGAACACUGCUGUGCAAGUUAAUAAACAGUUUACAUCCCAAGGGAAAAGAACCUAUUCCAAAGAUCACAGAAUCAAAGAUGGCUUUCAAGCAAAUGGAGCAAAUUUCUCAAUUCUUGAAAGCUGCCGAAAUCUAUGGAAUACGAACAACAGAUAUUUUCCAAACAGUGGAUUUAUGGGAAGGGAAGGACAUGGCUGCUGUGCAAAGAACUUUAAUGGCUUUGGGCAGUGAAGCUGUCACAAGGGAUGAUGGAUGUUAUAGAGGAGAUCCAUCCUGGUUUCACAGGAAAGCACAAAAGAACCGGCGAGGGUUUUCAGAAGAGCAACUUCGUCAAGGACAGAAUGUCAUCGGUCUCCAGAUGGGGAGUAACAAGGGAGCAUCUCAAUCUGGGAUGACAGGAUACGGAAUGCCGAGACAGAUCAUAUAGGUCAUCCUCACAUUCUCCACCUUGAAAAACACACUCACACACUCUACAGCAUGGCCUGACUGGAGAAAAAAAAUAUAGCUAGUUAAUGUUCAUGCUAAAAAUCUGCUUCUAAAUUUUCCCUUCUAGGAUUUUUGGAUUUUCUUUCCAGUUGCAACCUUUCAACCUAAAAUGUGGUUCUAUGUGCUUCUUGUGCACCACUUCACACAGCACACUGAUGCCCUGUGGUGUUCGUUUCUGAACUAUGCAAAGACUGUUUUUCUGUAUUUAUUUGCCAUUUGCUACCUUCUGUACUUGUGUCUUAUUGAACUUGCUCUCUUGCAUCUCAAUGACUUUCUCCACUCUACUGGUGACAAAAUACUUUGCUCUUCUAAAAAUAAAAAUAAA